AUAGAUUUUUCUAGUCUUUGAGACCUUGUUAAAAUCUUACCUAUAUUGUGGUUCGAUUUUCAUUUCUCAUCUUCAUGUUCAGGUAGUUUGAUUGCAAGAAGUAAUAUGGGGAAUCAAGUCGAUAACAAGUACACAUGGUUAAUCAAGAAUUUAUCCUCUGUGAGCUGCCAGACCAUUUAUUCAGAUAUAAUCUUGAUGGCUGGCUACAAAUGGCAAAUUCUGGCCUAUCCCAAGGGAAAAAAUGGUAAUCAGUCGUUUUGUUUGGAUCUGGAACUUCUUGAUUGUGGAUCCUUUCCGUCUCAAUGGAAAAGGGCCGUGAAGUUUUCCUUUACUGUAGUCAAUUAUUUCUCCAAGAAACUCUCAAAAGAGAUAGUACUAACACACUGGUUUCAUAAGAAGGAACGAAGCAAGGGUAUAUCCAUGCUUCCCCUUAGCCAACUUACGGACAAACAAUCUGGGUUUCUGGUGGAUGGAGAAGUCGAAGUUGUUGUUCGGAUCAAUGUUCAUGAAACUGAUCCCUUAUUCGAUGGAUCAAAUGACGAGGUGGCAACGACACUUGUAAGAACCGUAAAGCCAAAUGAUGAUGGUGCGAUGUCUAGUAAGGCAAAUUUGGUGUAUGUCAAUGGGUUUCAAGUUCUUCCUUCACAGGUGGGUUUUGUGAGGCGCAUCUUUGGAAAACACCCAGACACAGCAGUAGAAUGCUGUACAAAGAACCAAGAUCUGAGAACAUCAUACAUUAAUGUCCUCUUCACCCUUAUCAAGAUGCUCUACAAAAGGACUCAGGAUCAAUCAACUGAUGAUCUGUCCGAUGCAGAAGCUGCUCUGGCAUACAUGAAAAGUGUUGGGUUUAAGGUAAAUUGGCUGGAGAAGAAACUUGUUGAAGUGAAAGAAAACAAGAAGAGAUGUGACCAGGUGACUGAACUGGAGCAACAGCUGCAAGACUUGAUGAAUAAGUACACAAGCGUAGGUCAACAGCUGGAAAAGGAGAGGGCAGAGAUUAAGAAGGCCGCAUCUCCUGAUAUAUCUUUUAAUGAUGUUGUUUGAUGACGUUUUGUUCUUGGAACUUGAAGUUUGGUUUUCUUUUUUUAGGUUUUCUCUAGUCUCUGUUCGCUAAUAAGAUUAAACUUGAAAA